AUGGCGGAGAGCACGGUUUGCAAAAAAAACCCACCUCCAACUUCAGCCACAAUUCCAUCUCCAACCACUGCAGCAUUGACCACACCAGCUGUGAGAGGGACACCAUCUUCAACCAUUGCAGUGCUGACCACACCAGCUGUGAGAGGGAAACCAUCUCCUACCACUGCAGUUCUGACCACGCCAUCUCCAACCACUGCAGUGCCAACUACACCAGCAGUCUUCUCAGGAAGGGACAAAUGGCAUAUUUACAGUAAAGUUACAAAGGGUCACAGUGUUCCUCUUCAUAUUCAGGUCAAGACAUGGGGAGAACAUCAUAAGGUCAUUUGUGAAUCACAUGAAUGUCAGGUCAGUAUGGAAGUUGCACAGAGAAGUGGCCUGUCAUCAUACCAGUGCAAACACAUCCGCUCUGUAAAUUACUGUGCAUCCUCUGCAGAACCAGUCUCCCUGAAAGAAGAGAUUUUAUCCGAGAUGGUGAAAGCAAAGUGGUUUAGUAAUGAAAAGAAGAAGAUUUGCCUUACUCGGCAGCAGCAUGCUAACAGCAGUCACAUACCACUCUCUGUUCAAACCUCGAUCGGCACCCCUGAAACAAAGAAGUUCAUUUCAGUAUUUGAACCCAGUGUCUCCUAUUACAGAAGGUUGGGGCGUGUAAUGGUUGUAUAUGACUCAAAAUUAAACACAUGGCAUUGUCCCUGUGCCAUAUUGAGGCGCUCAUGUGUGCACAAAUAUAUUGCAAAAUGGCACCUUUUUCAGACACAACGCGACUUGUUUCGAACAGUCUUCAGCAGAGAAGAAUCACCACGCAAAGAACCAUAUGCACAGUCUGAGAAGGAUUUCAGAGAAGACAAUCCUGUUUAUCCUCCAAAACAUCAAGGGUUAAAUAAUAUGGUAUGUUACAUUCUUCAGCACAAGAAGAUUCCUGUUGAUCUACCAGAUGAUGUGCGGGUACCAUCACCAGACAAAGAUUACCCAAAAAUCCUUUGUCCAGAUGAAUGUGUCUGUCAGAUUUGUCCAGGUGUUGUUCCCCUCAGUGAACCCAUCCUAAUUACGAAGAAGGCUAAAAUACUCACAAACUGGUCCAUAAUUGAAGAUGUUGCCAUUUACUGUAAGCAGUGCCCACUAUGUGGAAUGUUCUACCGUUAUCAGGAGUGGAAAGACCACCUACAUAACUUUGAUGACCACAACAUCCUUGCAAUACCCUUAUGCCUAACCUUGAGAAGCCUUCUUCAGGUGCAUACAUCGGUGAGCAGAGCAGUAAAUUAUUUGGAAGAUUUGACAGGUUUGAAGUUUCCGGCACCAGACACGGUUCUUCAUGCCUACUUGCAUUUUGAGGCCCUUGUGGAACAUGAGUACAGAUACUCAUCAAGUGACACAGAGGAACCCCCUGAAAACUUCCGAGGGGACGUCAAUAUAGAAACAUUCUGGGAGGCACUAUCCAAAGAAAUGAUAUGUCGUGGAUUUGUUGCAAGAGGCUGGGGAGUCAUCAUGUGCCCAUGUAGUGUAGUUUACAGUUUAAAAUGCAAUCUUCGAGCAGAAAGCCCUCGAGAUUUUGUUGAUCUUCUGUUCUCAUGGAAGCACAUGCCGAACAUUAUCAUUUAUGACUUUGCACGCGGUUUAGCAACACAUGCCAAUCUCAGGGCACCAGAAAGCAUUCCUAUUCAUCCACAUGAGGGACGCUUGGCAGAACCCACUCAAGAAAACAUAACACUUGCCAGAUCUGGAAAUCUGAAAGUGUCCUUGCCUUGGCUGGAGGAAAAAAAGAGUGCAAGUGAUCCUCAAGGACACCCACUGACAGGAUCUUCUGAUCAUUACAUAUUAUCUGAACGUUUUCACGAGAACAAUACCAAAGACAGUAGAGAUGUUCCGAGGAAGAUCACUAUAGUGCCUCAACUAGCUGGCAAAAUAAAUAGCCAGGUUGCAGAGCAACUGUUCUCAAAGAUGAGAAAAAAUAACUACUUCUUGAACAUGUCUCAGCCAUCAACACACCUCUUUCAAAUGAGGACCAUAAUUCACCACUAUAACGAAAACAAGAACAACAAAGUGAGGACUAGAUUAAUGAAGACAUUUGGAUCAAAGUUGGUGAUGAAUAUGCAUGGACAGGCUGUGCUGGAAAAUUCGGACAUCUCUAUAGACGAGCUAGUCCCCACAGACAUUGAGAUGGAGCAUGUUACCCCGACAUCAAUGACGGUCCAAACCAGUAGUAAGUGUAAACCUGUAUAA